UAUAACAAACAUUCUUCCACCACCUUGUAGAAUAUGAUUCUUAAUAAAGAGAAUGAUCAACCUUCACCUUCCACUUCCCCUUCCUAUUCUCCGAUACUUAUCACCCACCUCAAAUUCCUUUUCAUUUUCCCACCACAAAAUUUCCACCCCUUCCCCUCGGAUACAAAUAUUAACAAGCCAACAUUCUCCAACAAUGCGCUUUCGUCUUCGUCGUGGUUGUUUCCUUCUUCGAUCGGGGAAGCAAUGCGACGGAGACCUCGCACCACCUUCCUCGUCUCGUUCGUCGCUCUUCUCACCUUCACCACUUUCUCCCUUCACCUCUCUCGCAAUGCCAUUUCCACGUGGCACCCUGACUCCGACCUCAGAAACUUAAACCUCGUCCUCCGUAACAACACCACCCACAACAUCGUCAUCCACGAACUCGCACACCAAACACGCCGCGUCUCCUCCAUCAAGGACUCGCUCUCCACCGUCUCCGUCCUCAUCCCGGACUGGGAGAUUCUCGUCAUCGUCGCGCCAAACACGCCCUUAUCAUCCUCCCACCACCACUGCCUCUUCCCCAACAAUGCCAAGUCUCCGGCCAAAUUCGCCGGCGUCUUGCCCUUCACCAACCGCACAACGUUCAAGUGCGACAUGCCGGAGUCCGUCCGCCACCGCCGCAUGUUCUCUCAGCCCACGCUCGUGACGGGAGCCUCAGAGGGAGAGCUCGCCGCGCCGGCGCCGCCACUCCCGAGGUGGAACUUCCUCGUCUACGAAUCCUUCUCGACCGAAAACGACGUCGUCGUUUUCGCCAAAGGAGUCAACCACCGCCAAGGAAACCCCCGUUCCCCGAACGAACUCCGUUGUGUAUUCGACCUCGGAGGAAAAAAAAUCCGUAACGCGGUCACAAGCUCCGUCCAAGAAGUUUUCCGAUGCCCCCACCCUAAUUUAGAUUCUUUCGAUGACCUUCCCCAAACAAUCGGAAUCACCCUUGAGAUUGUUUCAGACAAAAUAAUCGUUCCCUCGGUGGCUUAUUACAUUCCCAAGCCCAAGCCCAAGCCCAAGCCCAAGCCCAGUGCUAUAUCCAUGCAUGGAGACAUUGAGAAAGCCCGGCCCAAACAUUUCCUAUGCGCAUGCACGAUGGUUUACAACGUGGCGAAAGUGUUACGGGAAUGGGUUAUGUAUCAUGCAAAAGUGGGAGUGGAAAAUUUUAUAUUGUACGACAACGGGAGUGAUGAUGAUUUUUAUAGCGUGGUGGAGGAGCUUCGUUCGGAGGGUUACAACAUUAGCACGGUGUUUUGGAUAUGGGCGAAGACGCAAGAAGCUGGAUUCUCGCACAGUGUGGUGUACUCUGAAUCGAAGGGGUUGUGCAGGUGGAUAAUGUACGUGGACGUUGACGAGUUCGCGUUUUCACCCUCGUGGGGAAGCAAAGCCAAAAGCGUGGUUCCCUCGUUGAAGUCGUUGCUGCGGGGGGAGGCGCAGAGAAAGAGUGGCAAUAAGGUGGGGCAGGUGUCGAUGCGGUGUCUGGAGUUCGGGCCGUCGGGGCAGCGGCGGCACCCGGCGGAGGGUGUGACGCAGGGGUACACGUGUCGGCGGAGGGGGGAGCAGAGGCACAAGUCGGUGGUGUUGGUGGAGGCGGUGGACCCCACUUUGUGGAACGUUAUACAUCAUUUCAGGGUUAACGAGGGGAGGGGGUUCGGGUCGAAGCAGAUAAGCGUAGAAGAGGGGUUGGUGAAUCAUUACAAGUACCAGGCUUGGGAUGAGUUCAAGACCAAGUUCCGAAGGAGGGUGUCUGCUUACGUUGUGGAUUGGACUCAGGCUGUGAACCCCGAGUCUAAGGAUCGGACGCCAGGUUUGGGUUUCCAGCCUAUCGAGCCUAAGGAUUGGAGGCGUAGAUUCUGCGAGGUUAGGGACCAGAGGUUGAAAUCGUUGACCCGGGCUUGGUUCGGCUCUGUCACACCCCGUGGCUACACAAUGGCUUGGCAAACCACUUAAUUAAUUCUAGUUUACCAUAGUUGCUUUUUUUGGAGGACACCACAGAUUCUUGUAUCAAAUAGAAUUAUUCAUCUCAUCACUUUUUCCACUCUUUCAUCUUUUCUACUCUAUUCAAUUUUUACCUCUCUUUCUCCUGGGAUAACAAAAAUGAUUUGAAGGGUUUUCACUUUUCAGAAAAAAAAUUAUGAACAAUUUUUCAUAAUGCUGUUAGAAUAAGGAGAUGAUGUAAAAACGUAGAGACCUGCUUCUAAAGGUUCGUAGUUUUAAAGUUGGAUGGGAUUAGUUCA